GCAUAACUCGCCAUCUGUACCCUCUAUGUGAAUUUCAACUGUGUUCGCUUCUUUCCUUGUUCGCUGUCUUCCAUCCAAGAGACCAUUCGAUCUUCAACAACACCUUGCGGUAUUUUAGUUCAGGUACGACAACCGGAACACGAAGGCCGCUCUAAGGGUCUAGAGGCUUCCCUAGCCAAGGCCAAUGAACGACUUCUGCAGAGUGAUCAACCUCCAUUCAUCUGGAGCGCGCGGUAGACGAAUCUGCCCGCUUUCAAACUGGUGUGGGUCCGUGCAUUCACUGGCGCUUAUAUGCACGAGGUGGUACUUCACCAUGUUCAUGAGGAGUCGUGUUUCAAAACGCGCCGCAAACUCCCAGAUGAUACACAUAUGCGAGUGUGGUGACAGGGGCUUUGUGUUUCGCGACUACAGGUUCGUAAAGGAGUGUAGGGUCCGUAGGCUCCAGCGGCGUAGUCGUUGGAGAUAUAAAUGUGUUGGUGUACGAACCACACGACUAUACGGCGAAACCACCUUUUUUUUUCCUUCCCGCAAACACCCUUUCGCCCCCCCCCCCCUAGCGCACAAACGCGAGGUCGAAAGAAUGCAAGACGAACACACCACCAAGGUAGCGACCGCUGUGAAGAGAGAGCGUGAGAAGUGGAGAGGCGAGAUCAAAAAAGACGCAAGCGGAGCGGUCUCAGUCAGCGGCACGUCUUUAUGAGAUUACUAUCGCACUUGAGGUCGAAGCAGAGUCGCAUCAGAAGGCAAGAGUAGAGCGCAACAAAUUAGAAAGCGAACUUGAGAAGGUCAGAGCUCAGUAUUCUGUAGCUGUGGACGCUUACCGCACAUUGGAGAUGGCUUUGUUAGCGAGAAGAGUGAGCAUCAAAGGAUCGACACCUUAGGGAAGGCGAUAGGCGCAGGACUGCCUCCACCAGAGAGUCCGCCCCAAACACCGCCAACCGAUUUAGCGCCGCCUCCAUGCUUCACCUGUAUGACUCGCA